CCGCUGAGUAAUUGCAUAUAAAAAACACACGAGAAAAGAGUGCGCGUUCUUAUUAUUCUUUCUUCUCUCUCAGUCGUGGUUGGUGCAGCAGAAACCAGAGACACACACACACACACACACAGUGCCGCAUCAAUUCAAUACCCUUCGUUUUCUAGGGUUUGCAGCUCCUCCAAUGGCCGCUUCAUCUCUCCUCAGAUCUGCACUUGUCUCCUCCUCACGACACGACCUCUCACCUUCCUCCUCCGACCGCUUCAAGGUGUUUAACCAUGCCUCAAGCUGUAAUAUAACACCCAAGAGUUUGCAGAACAACGUAUUUGGAACAUCGAUUCCGUGUGAAUCAAUAGGCUUACAAAACUGCCGUUCCCGGAGCAUACAGCCUAUCAAAGCCACUGCAACGGAAAUCCCUCUCCCUGUACAGAGGUCAAGCAGUGCUGGGAAGACAAGAAUUGGAAUAAAUGGUUUUGGUAGAAUUGGAAGGCUGGUGUUUCGCAUAGCUACUUCCCGGGAUGAUAUUGAUGUUGUUGCAAUUAAUGAUCCUUUUAUUGAUGCUAAAUAUAUGGCUUACAUGUUUAAGUAUGAUUCUACUCAUGGACCGUUCAAAGGAAGCAUUAAGGUUUUGGAUGACAAUACUUUGGAGAUUAAUGGGAAGCAGGUUAAAGUUGUGAGUAAAAGAGAUCCUGCAGAGAUCCCGUGGAGUGAUUUUGGGGCUGAUUAUGUUAUCGAGUCUUCAGGAGUUUUUACAACAUUAGAGAAAGCUUCAUCACAUUUGAAGGCUGGUGCCAAGAAAGUCAUAAUAUCAGCUCCAUCUGCUGAUGCACCUAUGUUUGUGGUUGGAGUCAAUGAGAAAACAUACAAUCCUAGCAUGGACAUUGUAUCUAAUGCAAGCUGUACAACGAAUUGUCUUGCUCCUCUUGCCAAGGUGGUUCACGAGGAGUUUGGUAUACUUGAAGGUUUGAUGACAACAGUCCAUGCAACUACAGCAACACAAAAGACUGUAGAUGGUCCUUCAAUGAAGGAUUGGCGAGGGGGAAGAGGGGCAGCUCAAAAUAUAAUCCCAAGUUCUACUGGUGCUGCAAAGGCUGUUGGAAAAGUUCUUCCUGAGCUAAAUGGAAAACUCACUGGAAUGGCAUUCCGGGUGCCUACCCCUAAUGUUUCUGUAGUGGACUUAACUUGUCGACUUCAAAAGAAUGCUUCCUAUGAAGAUGUUAAAGCAGCAAUAAAGCGUGCUUCAGAGGGACCACUAAAAGGAAUUCUUGGAUACACAGAUGAGGAUGUUGUCUCUAAUGACUUCGUUGGUGAUUCAAGGUCAAGUAUCUUUGACGCUAAGGCUGGGAUUGCGCUUAGUGCUUCCUUUGUGAAGAUGGUUUCGUGGUAUGACAACGAGUGGGGUUACAGCAACCGAGUGUUGGACCUUGUAGGGCACAUGGCGCUGGUGGGAUCUUGCAAUUGAAAUUGUGUCUGUUAGUGCUGAUGUUGCAGACCUUAUCUUGCCUUAUCUUAGGUUAAAAAAUGGUAGCUGCUUAGGUUCUCAAAUUUUGAUUUUGAUCUGAUUUUUACAAGAUGUGAGGCCAAUGAUCACAUCAUAUACACUGAAAAAUAAGGACAUUGUUCUGCUUACCCAUGUUUGUAAUUGGUUUUCAUUUACCAUAAAGUUCUAUGAACUUCCUUUAAAAUAAUUGACCAUUUAAGGUUAACUGA